AGUAAUUGUUAAUUGUUUGUUUAUUGUUAUUGUCAGGUCCAAAGGAAAUUCCAACUCCUCAAACUACAAGAGGUAGUUUGUAUAGUCCAGAUACCCAGAAAUAAACUUGCUAUGCUUGCUCUGUUCUCUGUCUCCUGCUAGUCUCCCCUCUCUCAAAGACAGCCCUGGCCAGGAGCAGUCAGUCUGCUGGCCACGUUUACUCUACUACUUUCUUUCUCUGCUCUGUGCUCUUUCAAAUGCCUCUGGCUGUUCUCUCACAUCUAUAAUAAAAAAUCUUCCCUUUAACCACACCAUGGAUUGGUCACAUAUUCAGUUUAUACAGUUAUUGUGUAUAUGCUGAGUAUAUGUUCUAUGACUAUGUGGAAGUCUGUGGACUCUUUUAUAUUUGUUUAAUAACAAGCUUCACAACACAAUAACUAAGCAGUUAUUACUCUAUUCUUAACCUUCCUUGCUAAUCUGCUUUCUUCCCAGGGUACAUCCCAGUGAUAUUGCACUCCUCCAGCUCCUUCUCUUGAUGUCUCUUGGACUUCUGCCCAUGGCCCAACUCCCUCCUCUAACUCCUCCCCUGGCUGGCAGGAAGUCCAGGCCAGAUUCUCCCCCUUGUUCAGCGAUUGGCUCUAAGCUGCUUUAUUGGCACACCAGGGGACACUUGGGGAGCAGUGUUUACACAACAUUGUGACAGGCAAUUCUUGGAACAAAGAUUACAACCAGAAAAUGGGGGUGGGGUAUAGAAAUCAGCAUUUGAAUUACACAAUAACCUUAUGCCUACACAAGGAGAUAUGGCAUGAACAGUAUCAGAAAAACAGUUUGUCAGUGUGGGUCAAAGGUAAAGACAGAGCCUGGUCCAGAAGAAUCGGAAAUACUUGCAAAUACCAGAUGCUUCACUUUUAUAAACCACAGCUUUUUGGCUUCCUAAUGAUGUGGUAGAGAGAAGGGAGAUGGGAGAUGAUGAGGUUAAAACAACAUUUUCUCAGGUCAUGAAGACACCAAAGCAAAUGGAAUGGUUAUACUGCCUGCUUCUUCAGGCUUUCCCCUCCCAGAACUAGUGAGAUAUCCCAUAACUUUUUUCCUAAUAUGUGUUUUUAAAACUCUUUUGAGAGUACACUAUAAUUACAUCAUUUCCUCCCGACAGACCGUCUUGAUAUAUCCCUCCUUGAUCUCUUUCAAAUUCAUGGCCUCUUUUUUUAAAUUAAUUGUUGUUAUAUACAAAUAUGUGCAUACAUAUGUAUUUCUGAAGUUAAGCUGUUCAGUCUGUAUAAUGUGAUUUGCACAUAUGUUUUCAGGGCUGACCAGUUGGCAAUGGACAUCUAAUCACUGUUCUUCCCUGAAAAAGACAAUGUCUCCUGCUAUCAGCUGCCUGUAGUUCCUUUUGUAGGGAUGAGCCUUUCCUUCCCCUUGCUCACGUGUGUUUGGCAUCCUCCUUGUUCAGCUCAUGCUUAGGCAGUCAUGUUGGGAGGACUUCACAAGCAUAGCUUCUGAGAUUUCUAGAAGACAACCACAGCAAACAUACUGACCCUCUGGCUCUUGCAUCUUUCCAUCCACUGUUUUGCAAUGUUCCCUGAGCCUUAGUAGAAAGAGUGUUUUGUGGAGACUGGGCUCCACAACUCUGCAUUUUGAUUGAUUUCAAUUUUCAGUAAUGGUCUCCAUCUGUUGCCAAGAGAAGUUUCCUUGAUGAGGAUGAGUUAUCAGCGGGUAUAAGGAUAAAUGUUUGGAAUGCACGUAGGGAUUAUGCUGUUAGCAAAGUGCUGCUUGUGGAUUUUCCUUCAAGAUCUUCACCAGCCCUCGGUAAUUGGCUAGUUUCCAAGACCAAGCAUGACUGCCUUCUGGUGAGCGGUCCCACAAGUUUUCGUUUGUUUUUUGAGACAGGGUUUCUCACUGUAGCCCUGACUGUCCUGGAACUUGCUUUGUAGACCAGGCUGGCCUCAAGCUCAGAGAUCCAUCUGCUUCUGCCUCUCAUGUGCUGUCAUUAAGAGUAUGCACCACCACUACCUGGCUGGUCCCAUAACUUUCAAAAAUAAACAAAAUGGCUGGAGAAAUGGGUCAUUGGUUAAGAGCACUUACUGCUCUUGCAGAGGAUCCAGGUUCAGUUCCCAGCACCCACAGCAGCUCACAAGCAUCUGUAACUCCAGUUUCAGGGAAUCCAACACCCUCUUCUAGCCUCCUUGGGCACUGUACAUUGCAGUGCACUUACAUACACCCUGGAAAAACACUCAUGCACAUAACAUAAAACAAAUGGUUACAAAAAAUAAAAGGAAUGUAGGUGGAGAAGUUCCAGUGAGAUUGAAAUCUCCAAACACCAUCUGGUGAGUAUCAAUACAUCCAAGCAGCCUGUGUGUGGCAGUCAAGCUCACCUGCCUAAGACAAUGUGACCAAUGCCCUCUCAUUACAGCAGCUAGUUGCACUGUUGAACUUUUCUGUCCUGGUUUAUUUGCAAAGGCCCUGGCCAAUGUCAACACUGAAGCCUCAUCUGCACCAUAGGGGCUGGAGUUUGCUCUAGCUUAUCAGUCCUGCCCCUUCCACCUCAGCACCUCAGCGGGCCCCAAAUAUCUCUUCUGUUCAUGGGACAGAGAACUGGGCAGAAAAGGAAGACUGAGAAGCUACCAAGCCUGCCCAAGUAUUCUUCUCAAUGAUGCGACUAUAUGGGUACUCUGUUCCAGACAUGCAUGGCCUCAUGCAUGGCCUCAUUGUAAUGAGUGUUCAGCUACUUUGCUGUCACCUGCUGUGCCCCGUGGAUGCCAUUUCAGACAGAGAGCCAACAACUGUCUCCACCAUGCCGCUUCCCUCGGAGUUGGGGUACCAACUGCCCUUCUCAGACCCCUUCUCCUGCCAGGUCCUGCUCCCAGAGUCCCUGCCUGGCUUCACUCACAUGCCCCCUCUCCCCAAGUUCCUGGUAGGCCUGGCUUUGAGGAACGCUCUCGAGGAAGCUGGCUGCCAGGCUGAGGUCUGGGCUCUGCAGCGUAAGCUUUACCGACUGGGAGGUGUGGCGCCUACAGAAGCCCUCAUCCGCCAUCUUCAAGAGCUCCAGAAAGAUGGACAUGUGGAUUGGAAGGUGUCCGUGGAUGCCCUGUCCUCAGCUCUACAGCUCCUAGCCUGGGAGCAGCCAGGUCUGAAGAGGGCCCCGCGCUCCCUUUCUCAGCCUGACUGUGAGAACGAGCAGGAACAGAGCGUGCACGAUGUGGUUGGGCAGCUGCCUGCAGUGGGGACCUACUACAACCUAGGCACGGCUUUGUAUUACGCCAUUCGGAACUGCCCUGACAAGGCCAAGGAGCGAGGCCAGGAUGGGGCCAUAGAUCUGGGUUAUGACCUUUUGAUGGCCAUGGUGGGUACGUCAGGGGGACCAGCUGGUGUGGUAAUCAUUGCUGCUCUUAAACCAGCAAUGAAGGCUGGGGUUCAGCGGCUGAUCCAAUAUUAUUAUGAUGAGAAAGAGGCGAGCACCCCUCCGCCAAAGAGAACACUAGAUGGCACCUCAGACAGCAGUGCCCUGGAAGAAAUGACCAUGGCCACUUUGGUGCCAGCUGAAAGCACAGAUUCUUACCGGGGGCAGGCCUUACUCAAGAACUAUGGUGUCUUGGCAUACAAGAAAUAGCAACAGCAUGACCAGUAAACGGAAAAAUUCUGACAAGAGGAGUCUACACGCAUGGAUGCACUGCUCUUCUGUUUCCUGUCAGAAAAGAAAAGGCCUCCCGAUAAUACCAGUUGAACAUUGCAUAACAGGAUUUCAAUAAGACAAGGCGCAAACCCUCAUAUCAAGGUUGGACAAGGUAACCCAGCAGGAGGAAAAGAGUCCCGAGGGCAGGCAAAAGAGACAGAGGCACACUCCGCUCCCACUGCUAGGGUCCCACAAAAACCCCAUCGCUUUUUUUGUUUUUUUUUUUUUUUUUUUUUGCAAAGGACCUGCACAGACCCAUGCAGACUCCGUGAUUGCUGCUUCAGUCUCUGUGGGCCCCUUGAGCCCUCUUUAGUUGAAUCUGUGGGCUGUGUUCUCCUAGUAUCCUCAACCCCGCUGGCUCCUAUGGUCCUUAUUCCCCCUUUUCUGCAGGGUUCCCUGAGAUCUGCCUAAAAAAAAAAAAAAAAAAAAAAAAGAAAGAAAAA